ACGGGACCACUUAGAUAUUAGACUGAGCAAGGCCAAUCGAAGGGAAAUUGACACAGCUUAUAACUUAAUGGACAAGCAAUAUAUGUGGAAACUCUCAUCUGGAAAAUUCAUAGAAGAAGAAUUAUAUAAGCUGGGGAAAAGAUUAGAGUUCGAGCACGCUGUUCAUUCAUUUAUCCUCGAUGUUGAAGAUGAAUUGAUUAUGGAACAUUUUACAGAGACAGAACUUCGAGAGAUAGACAACACAUCUAUUCCAGAAGUACCAGAGCUCUCGAAUGAAAUUGAUGUGUUUCUAAAUAAAUUCCUUGGGCAAGACGAACUUAAAUGA